AUGGUUGGAGUUAAAAAGAGACCUGUAAAAAAAUUUAACAUUGAAAUAAAUUUGAAGAGCGAUAUAGAGGAUAAAGUAAGGUCACACAUAAUAUCGGACAGAAAUAAAAUACAGGAAAGAUAUAAACAAAAAAGGAAAAAAAAAAUUAGAAGGAGAAUUAAAAUGGAAUGUAAAAUAUCAAGUUUUGUUAUCCCCAAUUCGAAAAAAGAAAAAAAAUUAAGAUUGAGUUAUAUAAAUAAGUUUAUCAAGAAAAAAAAAUUAAUAAAACAGUAUUUGAAAGAUAUAAGAGAAAAAAUAAAAAACUUUCAAGAUAAGGUAAAUAGCAAUGGAGCAGCAGCAAAAUAA